AUGGUAAAGAUAAAUAACUUAAAAUCACAUAAAAUAUCUGUAUUACAUUAUUGGAACUUGGGACUUCGUUCGGCCAGAAAAAUUCAUCGAGAUACGAAGAUACCAUUGUCUACUAUUAGUUAUCAAUUGAAAAAACUACGAACUCAAGGCUCUCUGAAACACCGACAGGGUAAUGGUCAAAAAAGUAAGAUUGACACAAAACGCGCUCGAGCGUUAGGUCAAUUUAUUAGACGAAAUAGUGAAGUUACGUUGCAUGAAUUGACUGAAAAAUUACAGAAUCAAUGUGCACUAAUUGUUUCUACUAGCACAAUCUCAUGCCAUUUAAAUCGUCUUGAAUAUGUAAAUUGUUUACCAUUGAAUACUCCAAUGCUAACGGAAGAGCACAAAGAGCGCCGAGUCGAAUGGGCCAAAGAACAUUUAAAUGAUGAUUGGAAAGAUACAAUGUUUACUAAUGAAAACUCCUUUCAAUUGUUUAGAAAUACUAUUCGUCGAUGGUCAAAAUACGCAGCAGAAGAAAAAAAGAAUCCCGAAGAAUCGGCAAAAAGUUCAUGUUUGGGGUUCUAUUAG